AUGACGAUCAUCUCCGCCGCCGUCGUCGGGGCCUGCUCGUGCUUCCUGCUCCUCGCGCUCUCCUCCGCCUGCGUCUCUCGGGCCGCGGCGGCGGCGCCUGGUUGUGAGAGACGGCGGACGGCGGAGGGGACGACGGCGGGCAUGGAGGACGCUGAGAGGGAGACCCUGUUCCUGGUUAUGGAGGCGGUGUCCUCCGAUAGGGACUGGCGAGUCUCCAACCCGGACCCGUGUGCACCAGGUUCUUCAUGGCCUGGCAUUGAAUGCACAGGGGGGGAGGACGGUCGGUUCCAUGUCACGAGGCUCGACUUUGGAACGCCUCUCAACCCGACCUGUAAGAAGGCCGCCACCUUCCCCUCUCGGAUCUUCUCUCUCCCUUAUCUCCAGUCGGCUUUCUUCUUCGACUGCUUCAGGAGCCACAACACCAGUCUCUCCAUCCCGCCGGUGCUCACCACCGCCCUGCAGCAGCUGAGCCUCAAAUCGAACCCGGCCCUCACCGGGUCCAUCCCUCCGCAGAUCUCCUCCCUGAGGUCUCUGCAAGUCCUCACCUUGUCUCAGAACCGCCUCCAGGGGAGCAUACCGGAGAGCAUCUCCAGCUUGACCUCCCUCGUGCACCUUGAUCUCAGCUACAAUUCGCUCUCUGGGCUGAUCCCGAGCGAGCUGAUGAGCGGCCUCAGGAACCUCGCAGGGCUCGACCUCAGCUACAAUUCUCUGUCGGGGCCCAUCCCCGCGUCGAUCGGAAAGAUGGGCUCCCUCCAGAAGCUCGAUCUGAGCUCCAAUUCCUUGACCGGAGCCAUCCCGGACAGCUUGCAGAACCUGGGUGCCCUCUCUUUCGUGGCCCUAAGCAGCAACAAGCUCAAAGGCCCGCUGCCCGCGGGCUUGCCCAAGCUGGGCAACCUCCAGUACUUCAUAAUGGACGACAAUCCCAUGGCCAUCGAGCUUCCCUCCCAGCUGGGCAGGCUGGAGAAGCUUCAGGAGCUGAGGCUGGCCAACUCUGGCUACUGGGGACCCAUCCCGGAGACCUUCUCCCGGCUGGCCAACCUCACCACCCUCUCCCUGCAGAACAACCGCCUCACGGGGUCCAUCCCCCCCGGCCUCGGCGACCUCCGGCGGAUGUACCACCUGAACCUGAGCAGAAACAUGCUGCGUGGCGUCGUCCCCUUCGACGCCGCCUUCCUCCGGCGGCUAGGGAGGAACCUGGACCUGAGCGAGAACGCAGGCCUCUGUGUGAACAGCUCGGUCGACACGGAGAGCACUAAGCUCGGCGUGGGGAUGUGCGGAGGAGACAGCCAUCAGAACACCUCCACCAUGCUGCAGCAGCAGCAGCAGCAGCAGCAGACCACAAGCGGCGCCGGCGGGGGCGCCGGCCCGCCGGUCCUCCUACCGGCCAUGUGGGGGCUCUGCCGGCUACUACUGUUUUAG